AUGAAAUACCACACUACCCUCCUCCCCCUCCUAACUCUCGCCAUGACUUCCCUCACAACCGCCGACCUCAUAACCUCCAUAGUCGGCGACGUUACCUCCGUCGGGGGCGACAUCACCUCCGCCGCGGGAGCCGCCGCUUCGGACGCAAAAUCCUGGGGCACGAGCAUCGCCUCAGCAGCCGAAUCCUGGGGCACGAGUGUUGCCUCGGACGCACGAUCCGAUGCCUCUGAUGCCGCAUCCUGGGGCACCUCCGUGGCGUCGGAUAUCCGGUCCGAUGCGUCGAGUAUUGCCUCCGAUGCGAGAAGUAAGGCCUCGGAUGUGGUGUCGGAUAUUACUUCCAAGUGGGAACAUACGACGACGUUGACGGGGAGUGGCGGGAGUGCGACGGCGACGGAGACGGUUAGUGGGGUUAGUACGGUUAGGACGACUGCGACGGGGUCGGGGACGAGUGCGAGUGCGACGGGGGCGAGUGCGACGAGUACGAGUUCCGAGGGGGCGGGGGUGAGGGCCACCCCUGGAGUUGGGGGGAUGGGCAUGGGGAUGGGAUUGGGGGCGGGGGUUGUGGGGGUGUUGGGGGUUAUGGUUGCUUUGUAG